AUGUUUGAGGUAUUAGCAGAGGUGGAUGCUGGCAGUGAUUACAGGUCUCUGUACUGCACAACCAGGAUAGGUGGACAACAGAAUCGUGUGGUCCUGCAGAAGCUGAAGCCCAACACUCUUUACACCAUCACCCUGUCCUCCCUGUAUCCUGAUGUGAGUGGAUGUCACGUGAUGGGAAGACGCAAGACCAAACCUUUGAAUACCAUGAGGAACCUCAGAGUGUAUGACCCUGCCACCAGCACUUUGAACGUUUGCUGGGACCAUGCAGAGGGAAAUCCUCAUUGGUGCAAGCCUUUCUAUGCACUAACAGCAGGUGGUCUGGAGGAGCUGGCCCAGGGGAGGGCAGGCAAAGGACAUGAGAGGCCCAGGACUGCCCUACACUUAGCCUGCACUAGCGGCCAGUCAUCAGUGGUGGCUCUCCUUAUCCAGUGGAAGUGUGAUCCUAAUGCUUGUGACAAGGAAGGCAAGACAGCGCUCAUCAAGGCUGUACAAUGCCGGAAAGAAGCGUGUGUCACUAUCCUGCUGAAACAGGGUGCUGACCCAAAUCUUGAGGACGACUGUCAAAACACUGCUCUCCAUUACGCUGCUUUGGCUGGAAAUACAUCAACUGCAGCAAAGCUGCUCCACUAUAAUGUGAAUAUCGAGGCGAUAAACAAGUCAACUGUUUUUACUAUUUUACAGUAUAACUUCACACCAUUUUUACUCGCUGUCAGUGAUAACAAAGAAGAAAUGGUCAAAUUUUUGAUAGAGAAUGGGGCAAAUGUACAUGCAGUCAACAAGUUGCAAAGAUCAGCACUGAUGCUUGCUGUACAUCAUGACUCACCAGACAUAGUCAAGCUGCUUCUUCAGAAGCACGUUAAUAUCGAUUCUCAAGAUUUCCUCGGAUGGUCUGCUGAACGAUAUGCUUGUCGUAAUGGUUUUAAACAGUAAGUGUUUACAUUAAAAUGCCAGUUAUCUCUAAACUGAGGUUGGAAAUGACCUAACACUGACUUGUUAUGUGACAGGUGAGAGUUCCUAGUUGGUAGCACGCACUUUGGGGAUGGCAGUGAGACCCUCCACAUCAUCAGCUGGAAACCAGCAAAAGGCCAGACUAAUGAGGUGGAGCAGUGGGCACAGGGUUCUUUAUCUCAGGGUUUGUAAGGCGUUUAUCCUUAGGGUCCUGCUGUUCUCCAUUUCAUCCCAGUGUAACCCCGAUGCAUGGGGUACAAAUAAUGUCACAUAUCUGAUUUUUCUAACUAGUUAUUUGGGUCUUGAAAUGUUUAGUAGAGCAGAAAAUGCUGUAUUUUCCUUUGGGGACUUUCUUCUAUAAUCUUCUUCUUGAAUUUUCCAAGAACCUAAGGGAUUCCCUGAGGCCACAGUGACAGUCCUCUCCCACAAGGCACUGGGGCAGGGUGAGGGCAUGCUAAUCAUUCUCUUGUUUCCCUUGAUUCUGUUGCUGCAGCAUUGGUACUAAAACUGGUUUUAAUAGGAUCUCCUUGGCAGCUGAGUCUGGGGUCUGGAUGUUGCUCUCAAAAGACCUUUAAUAAAAUUUUAAAAGAAGAAAAGGAAAAAGUAACUGGUCCUGCAGUCAGGUCGUGACUGACCUCUGCUCCCAGGAUGCCUGUGCUGAUCCAGUUUCCACAGUCUUCGUGGUGAUCGACACGUAAACUUAAGCGUGACAGCUUGUUUAAUUCUCAUACAUAUGCUUGUAUGAGGUCAUAUAUUUAUAAAUAAAUGUAGCUACAAAUUAUAUAGUAGCUGAGGUGCCCUGAAUUAUAAACCAUGAAGAACAGCUAAUCACCGUAAUUUGUAACAUUUUCUGAAAAUUGCCACAUUUGAAUGUUACACCUAGGAAAGAAAACACACAUUGGGUUUUAUUUGGGAUUCUCAAAUAGUUCCAGCAUUUAAGUUCAAGAAGAAAUUAUUCCAUUCUUCCACUGUUUCUCUGAGCAUCUGGGGGAUACAUUAUCUCAUUAAAUCUUCAUUAUAUUCUUACAAGUAUUAA